AUGACUGUGCAGCGAAUUCCCGAAAUUGUGGAAGAACGACACAAGUUCCCCUGUGGUACGCGGCGUCCGCCUGGUGAGGCAGCUGAGGUAAGAGGACAACGUCAGCAGGGGAUCCGCGCCGCCGCAGGUGGGAGAGAGGAUAGUGACGAUAUACUUGCCAUCUUUGGGGUUCUCAGAAUAAUCCUUCUCCCUGAAUCCCAUGUUGACACGGCUCUUGAGGCAGAUGUCACACGGGUCGAAGGGAUGAGUCUCGAAAUUGGAGUCGGAGGCGUCAGUCAGGAAAGCCUGCAGGGGGGACUUUUGGGGAGACACACCAUGGCCAUAGUCAUGAUUCUUCCAACCUCCGUGCUGGGAGACUCGAGAACAGUGCGACUUUAG